AUGGAGUCGUCACGCAUCUUCGUGCGCGGACUGCCUCCCAAGUUUACCGAGGACGAUGUGCGCAAGCAUUUCGCCAAAUUUCCGGUCACAGACGUCAAGUUCUUCCCACAUCGCCGCAUUGGAUAUGUUGGCUACAAGACACCUGAGGAUGCCGCAAAGGCCGUCAAGUACUUCAACAAGACUUUCAUCAGAAUGACAAAGAUCUUUGUCGAGAUUGCGCGUCCGAUUUCAGACGAAUUGUUGCCCAAGUCACGACGACAGAUCAAGGUCGAGAAGGCUGCACCAAAGAGCGACGACUACUUUCCACCGCCAAAGGAGGACAACACUCUGAAGCGAAAGCGGGAAGAGCAAGAGCAAGAUCCCAAGUUGAAGGAGUUUCUCGAAGUCUAUCAACCACCCUCGAAGACGAACAUAUGGACGGAGGGCGAUGCACAAAUUGCCGCAGGCAACUCCGCAGCGGUCGAGGAGCCAGUACAAGACGUCGUCGUACCUGCAGACGAGAGCGAUGAUGACUAUCAGGUCAUCACGAAGAAACCAAAGACUGUCGAAACGUCCCACGAGACAUUGGAGGAGACACGACUUGUCCCGGCGGCAGAGCCUGUCAGCCAUACUGAGGCUGCUGCGGUGGAAGAUGUCGACGCUGUAAUGCCAGAUGCGCUAGACUCUGCUGCCGGCGGCCAGCCUCCCACAACCGACGAUGAUUGGCUACGAUCACGAACGAACAGACUCCUGGAUCUUGUUGAGGACGAUGAUGUCCCUGUUGCUCCUGCACCGGCUACAACCAAGCCUGCUGCCGAGAAGCGUGAUUCUCCAGUGGCUAUCGAACAGCAACCUGAGCCUACACAACCCACUGAUGUGCCCGUUGUAGACGCCGCACCGUCAGAAGACGAUAAGAUUCGAGAAACCGGUCGACUGUACCUCCGUAACCUACAUUUUGAGGUUGCGGAAGAAGACAUCAGAAACCAGUUUUCCAAGUACGGAUCACUCGAAGAAGUGCACGUACCGUUGAAGAAGAGCGACGGCAAAGGCAAGGGCUUCGCUUUCGUACAGUUCAAAGAUCCCGAGAACGCUGUUACGGCCUUCAACGAGAAUGACAGCACUAUCUUCCAAGGUCGUCUCCUGCACAUCAUUUCGGCAAAGGCGAAGAAGGAGACCAAGCUCGACGAGUUCGAGAUCUCCAAGUUACCAUUGAAGAAGCAGAAAGAAAUCCGACGAAAGCAGGAUGCCGUCAAGGCUACGUUCAAUUGGAACUCGUUGUACCUCAACGCAGAUGCAGUCAUGUCCACACUCGCGAGUCGCAUGGGGAUCAGCAAGGCAGAGCUGCUAGACCCGACAUCCUCGGACGCUGCGGUCAAGCAGGCUCAUGCCGAGACCCACAUUAUCCAGGAGACCAAGAACUACUUUGCUCAACACGGAGUCGACCUUGAAGCUUUCAAGAACAGUGCAAAGGGCGACACUGCGAUCUUGGUUAAAAACGUCCCCCACUCCGUGUCAGCGGACGAAUUGCGCAAAACGUUUGAGGAGCAUGGCAAGGUCACAAAAUUUCUCAUGCCGCCAACGGGCAUGACUGCCAUUGUUGAGUUCUCAAACGCUGCAGAGGCGAAGACCGCAUUCAUGGCUUUGUCUUAUCGCAAGAUGAAGGACUCGAUCCUGUAUCUUGAAAAGGCACCAAAGGACCUGUUCAAGGAGGGCUUCGUGGCGCCUGUAGUCCAGGCAACAUCCGCCGACAAGCCAGACGCCAAACUCACUGCGACCGACUUGCUUGAGGAAGCUCCUGAACCUGACGCAUCAAACACCGCCACACUAUACGUCCGCAACCUCAACUUCUCCACCACAACCCAGCGUCUCACGGAAUUGUUCAAACCCUUGUCCGGCUUCCGCAGUGCUGUGGUCAAGACCAAGGUCGACCCAAAGCGGGGUGUAUUGUCGAUGGGGUUCGGUUUCGUCGAAUUCGAUAGCCCUGAUGCGGCAGCUGCUGCGCUCCGAACUUUGAACGGCUAUGAUCUAGAGGGUCACAAGCUGCAGAUCAAAGCAUCUCACAAGGGCGCGGAUGCUGCAGAGGAGCGUCGCAAAGAGGACGCUGCAAAGAAGGCGGCGAGCACCAAGAUUCUUAUUAAGAAUUUGCCCUUCGAAGCUAGCAAGAAGGAGGUGCGCGCCCUGUUCACCCCUUACGGCCAACUUCGGUCGGUCAGGGUGCCCAAGAAGUUUGAUUCGUCCUCACGUGGUUUUGGGUUCGCUGAGUUCACUACGAAACGCGACGCCGUUAACGCCAUGAACGCUCUAAAGAACACCCAUCUUCUCGGUCGACGAUUGGUUCUUGCGUUUGCCGAAACCGAAUCGGAUGAUCCCGAGAAGGAACUGGAGAAGAUGCAGCAGAAGAUGGGAGCACAGGCCAACAAGGUCGCGCUCCAGAAGCUCACUGCAGGCGGUCGCCAGAAGUUUAACGUUGCAGGCAACGACGAGCUAGAUGAAUGA